AAAGAAGAGGAAAAACCUACAAUCGGCGAGAUCUUGAACAUUACAAGUUGUGUUGUCGACAACAGAGCACUGUGUGUACAGAAAUUAAAGAAGCACAUCAACGUAAAACAAGUAAAUAAGUUUGAAAUGAAGUGAAGUAUAUCGUUCAACGACGUCGACUGUUUUGUGCUCACUUAAACAGAGAGUGCACGAGAUUUAUGUAUAAAGACAAGCUCUUUAUGCUAAAAAAUCAACGACAAAAAUCAUUCGAACACUUAUACAAUUUUCCACGUCAAUAAUAAACGUGUAUAUUUUAUGUGAACGCAAACAGUUUGAUUUUCAGUAAAAAAAAAUUGAUGACCAACACAUAAUCCAUACUUUUGAUUAUUCAUAAAACAGAAACUGAGACGGAAAACAAAUACCACUUUACAAAUAUUUAACACUUGGUACGCACCAUUGUCGCCUGAAAGGUUUUAACAGAGAGGAGAAAAAAAGUGAUUGGGAUAGACAGAACGGGAAGUAAAGUAUGAGUUUGUGUCUGUUUGUAUAAGAGCAUGGCGACGGCACCCAGUCAAUAAAAUUGGAUGUGUUUGUGUGUUGGUUGGAUGGGUGAAGUGUUGUUGUUCGAAGAAAGAAGCCGGAAGAAAGCCGUAACGCCUAUCCACACCCAAACCACUGCCUAAGGUGAAAUGGUCAAAAAGUGUUCUCUACAAAUUAUAAUAUAACGUGCAUUUUGAUUUGAGGAUAUCAUUUUAUUCAUUGUUUACAACGAAUGCAAAAAUCCAAACAAAAAAAAUCAUAGACUCGGUGAUAUUAUAAUUAUGCAUAAAUAAACGGGGGUGAUAUUGCGGAUUGGCCGCACAAAUACAUUUUUUUUUCUCGUCUUUCGUGGCACGCAUGGUGCUUUAAUGAGCUAUGACACGCAAUGUUAUGUUUUGUUUCCUACAAAAUUUGACCACAUCGAGAAAACAACAACAUCAGCUGCAAGGCUCUAGUACCAGUAGUAAAAUCAGUGAUGGCACAAUAUUUGGUGUAUCUAAAGCCAAAGGUGGCCCAAAAACCAAAUUAAAAUGUGAAAUCGCAAAUGCUGACGAUAGUAUUUCCAAAACUCUUACGGUUAAUGGAAAAGCCAAGAAAAAAUCAUCUUCCAAAUCGAAAUUCUUUUUACGAAAAUCCAGAUCUACCAAUAGUGUUUCAUUAAGCGUACGAUCACCAUUAACGGACUCAAAACAACGCUUGUCGCCAAAACAGCAAAAUCUGGUUUCAAGCAGUGAAUCAUCCUGUUUUGCGGUCAACAACGACAAACCAAAUGGUAACAACAGUGGUGACAUUGAUAGUAAACCAACGAAACGGAAAUCAUUAAGCGAUGUUCAAGCGAACCUAACACAAUCUUCAAUUAAAAAUGAUUUAAGUAAAAAAAGUCAAAUUGAUUGCUCACAAUUAAAACCGGUUGUGUCUAAUAUGAUGCCAAACAUGACGGGACCAGAAGCUGGUACAGUUCCAUCAUCAACUCAGGAAUAUCUUCUGCCGCCAACAAAUGUAAGCUUGUCAUCGAACUCGAGCUUAAACUCAAGUUCCGUCAAGUCAACGAAUACUAAAUCAAAUGACGGUACAUCCACCGACAAAAAAAGAAAGCAAAUGAGUAGUAGUCGCCAGAAAAAAUUUCACCGACGUUUCAAACAAGUUGCAAUGGAUGAAGAACUGAUCAACUAUUUUUCGUGUGCAUUUGUUAGUGAUAUUUUGCUGCAAGGUUAUAUGUACAUUACCAAAAAUUAUAUUGCUUUUUAUUCGAACGUGUUUGGAUACGUUACAAAAUUGCUCAUACCAGUGACGUCUGUAGCUAGAAUAUCGAAGGAAAAAACGGUCAAAAUAUUUCCGAAUGCAAUUGCUGUAGCAACUGUUGAUGAGAGACACGUUUUUUCGAGCUUUUUAAGUCGAGAGGCGGCAUAUCAGUUGAUGAUUAGUGUAUGGAAGGAAGCGUUACCAAUGAGUGAAAUUGAUAUGACAGCAUCAGCAGCGCAACUAAGAGUUUGCACGGCGAUCCAUGAAAAGAGUAAAACACAAAACUCUUUCGAGUCGAAAUCGUCGAUUUUUGAGAAAGUGACGAUGUCAUCAACGUUACAAGUUGUAAAUCAACGCAGAAAAAACUCAAUUAGUGGAAUAUCUGAGAUAGAUGAUGAAAGUAGUUCGGCAAUAAGUGGAAAUGAAGGACUGGCACAAUUGAUUCAAUCGAAGAAUGCACUUUUGAACGGCGAAGCCGUUUCGAAUGAUCAAUCAAAUGCAAACAAUAGUAGCUCUAGCUGUAAUUCAAAUAAUACCAAUCCAUCAUCUAAUGAUUUAGUAGUCGGACGAGAACAAAUAUCUGAUGUGAAUAUCUUAAAGGAAUCCAAUUCGUUCACAUCAACACCAAAAUCGAAUGGAUUUUGUUUCAAUGGAAAUUCCACCAUCACAUUUUUCAAGCUUAAAAUUCCACGUACAAUUCACAUUGCGUAUUUUGGUCUAUCGUUGGUUAUUAUUUUGGCACUUAUGGCUGGAUUCCUUUUCUAUCACAUCUCUGAAAUUAAAAAUGCACGACAAAUGGGGAUAUUUGCCAAUGGCGAAAUAAAUACGGAAAUACCAAAUGUGAAUAUGUAUGCAGAAAUGCUAAAGUGGCAAAAAGAUAUGCAAACACAAAGGGUUCAGUUGACGAAAAAUGUUCUUGCCAACAAUUUAGAACAAAUUUCUCAGAUUAGUGAUAGUCUUCAAACUCUUUCAUCAUUGAUUCAUUCGAAUGAAGUGAACAACAAUGUGAACGAUGAGAUAUCAUCGAUAUUGAGCGAUUGCAAUAGUUUAGAAGCAUGCCUUGUGGAGCAAACACCUGAACAACCUUGACGGAAUCAUUGAAUUGCUCAAAUUAUUUGAUUUUUUUUUUUUGGACGAUUUGUGUAUAAAUUGUUAUGUUAACACAAUUGUUCGAAUCGAUUGCACUGUAUUACAAGCUUCCAUGUAAAUUUUAAUGCUGUUGAACAUAGUUUGACCUAAUAUAUUAGAAUCUUUCUUUGACAUGAGAGGUUUGCUAUUGAAACUUAAGAAAAGUAAAAAAAAAUAUCUGUGAAUAUUUCGUAGUGAUUUCAAAUGAAAUUAACGAAACUACAGAGUUAAACUCAGGAUGACUCUUAUUGCACGCCGAAUCAAAAAAUGGAAAUUGGGACGUUUUAGUACUAAUUUAUGCGUAUAUAUAUCAUUAUUUAUUAUUGUAGCAAUGAAUUGAAUUCAAAUUGAAAGUGUUCGCAUGUAAUUUGUUUGUCUUGAUUUCAUGUUGAUCACGAAUAAUGUAUUCAGCCAAAUCAAACAAAAUUCAACUGUUCGCAUCAUUAAUUAAAAGAUAAUUGUGGAAUUAGUUUAUUUUUAAAAUUUUGUAUCAAUUUGAUUUCGGCUUCACUCAUUUUGCUUGGAAAUCACAGAAUUAUCGGAAACAUAUUUAUUAUUAUGGUUAUAAACCCAUGUAAACGAAAAGGAACACAGGACAAAUAUUUUAUAUUGAUUGUAUUAUACAAAUAAAAAAAAUUACCAUUACACAAUGUGUAAAUUCUGGAACAAAUAAUAUCUAAA